CCCACCUCUCUCUGUGUCUGAGAACAAACUUCAGAGCACCUACCCCUAGGCUCAACAGACGGCACUGUGUAUGGACAGAAAGAGACAGACAGCGAGUGACGGACAGGCACAAUGGAGGACAGUGCCUCACAAGAAGACAUUGAGACCCUGAUCGAUGGAAUGGAGUACAUCCCAGGACACUUCCACCUGGAUCUGAACCUGAAUUGUGAGCCCCAGGGACCUGCCGAGCUACGAAGCCGGGACACUCGACUCAAGCGGGAUAGCCUGCUUGCUGAGCUGGGGGCUGAGGCCAAGUCCCAGCAGCACGCGGUCCAAAACCUGUUGGGGCUCCUGGCCUUCCACCUAGAUGAACUUAAGCAGGCCGAGGAGAUCUUCCGCAGCAUCUGUGAAGGGGACCCAGCCAACCUGAACGCCUGGACAAACCUUGGCUAUGUGUAUGAUCGCCUGAAGAAGGAGGCCAAGGGAGCUGAGUGUGUGGAAAAGGUGUCUGCUCUUAUGGGGAUUGAAACAGGCGACACUGUACAGGAAGACACCAGGCUUCUUGUGGCCCGAUGCCUGGCAGAGCAGGCCUAUGCUCACCCCUAUGAUGUAGAUCUGAAUGGUGAGGAAGAGCACAGGGAGAGACUGACUGCUGCUAUUGGGCUGUACAAUAAGGCCAUUGGGUAUGGAUCUAAGGAGAUACCCAUUGAAGAGAAGAGAUGUUGGUACUUCAAGAUGGCUACAAUGUAUAUAAGACUUGAUGGGAUGCUGAAGGACAAGGAGGAGUCAGCAUUUCACAGGCUGACUUACUUUAACAAGGCUGUGAAGCUGCUUCAUGAAACCAUCAAGUCUGAUAACCUGCACUACAAGGCCCUGGCAUGGUGUUAUAUGGGUAUAAUGCUGGAAAGACAAGAGGAGUUCUACACUGUUCCCAUGGCUGUGCACGAUUGUGGUUAUUCAGGCUCAGACCCUCUGUCUUGCUAUGGGAUGGCUAUUAAGAUUGCUGAAAGUAAUGCUUUCAUUCUAAAUCGCCUGGCCAAAGUGUUCUUCCACCUGGGCAAACAUGAGAUGGCUACAGGCAUCUGCAACAUGGCCCUGGAUGUCCUGCCCGAUGCAGAUCUUAACUGGCAGGCGUACUGCACUCGUGCUAAGAUUCAUUUGACUACCUAUGUCCAAGGCCUGGAGGCCGCUAAGCGGGGUUUGGCUGGAGUCCCAGACCGGCAGAACCUGGUAGCAGCCAAAGUCGAUCUGGACAAGGUCCUGAACCUAUGUCCAUGCCUCAGGAUGCACUUGGAGAUGGGACAAGUCUAUUACUACAUGGGUGUAGAUGCCAUGCAAGAAACCCUGCUUGUGGAUGAGGAGGCCAUCAACAGUUCCUUAGUAUGUCUGGCCCGAGCACUUGAAUGUGACUUGGGUGACAUGCUGCCGGAGGUACAGCUGCUGCGCGGGAAGUGCCUGCUGUUGAAGGGCGAAGAGCAGAAUGCUGCCGAGUGCUUCAAGAGAUCGAUGGAGCUGGAGCCACAGGGUAGCGCUGACACCCAGAAUCUCCGUUGCCUCCUCGAGACCCUGCUAGCCCUGUUCACCCAGAGCAGUUCACAGCCUGUCCCUGCCAUUGCGCAGUUAGAGACCUGGGUACGCCGUGCAGAGGAGAGGUACUCCCGCGAGACGGUACAGAGUGAGCUGCAGGUGCUUUGCCGUGUGCACACUGCAGAGGUGGCUGAGCUCUGCCGAGCCAUGAUAAGCACAGGCAGACUGGAUCUGGUUCGGGUUCUGCUGCAGACUGUGCUGCCCAGCAAACACGGCAAGAGAAGACAACUGGCCAGGUCGCUGUCAGUGUAGGUGCAGAGUGGAGAUGUUGUCCAUCACAUUAAUUUUUUUCAUGUUAUGUUCUGGUAUUUAUUUAGGGUUCAUUAAUUAAGGUUUUAUUCUUAUUUUUCUG